AUGGAACUGGUCGAUAGAGUGAGUAAUAAUCUGUAUGAUACAUUUGCCGAUUUGGAUGCCAAGAAGGUGUUGAGACUGGUGAUCAUCGUUGGUGGCUAUAUAUUGAUAAGAAAUCUAGCCUCUAGAGAGCUUGCAAAGCGUAAGUUGCAAUCUGAAGUUCGUAAAGAUGAAAGAGAUAUGAGUGACAAUAAGGCUAGAGAUUUGGUCGACAAUCCAGAGGCUGAAACUACUGCUACUCAAUUUGGAUGGGGAAACAAGACGAGACAAAGAGUUAAAAAGCAGGAAGAUAUGCUGGCUAAAAUGAUCGAGAGGGCGCAAAUGGAGAAAGAUCAAGGUGACGAUGAUCUAGCUGAUAUUGAAGACCUUCUGCACGAUUGA